AUGGCGGACGGUCCACGCUGGUCCCAGAUCGUCGCCCGCUCGACAUCCGCCGACUUCAUCUAUGGCGUGAAGAGUACCAAAAUCUUCUGCCGAGCGUCCUGCGGAGCACGACUGCCUCGACGUGCCAACGUGGAGUUCUUCGACGACGCUGUUUGCGCAGAAGCCGCUGGCUAUCGAGCCUGCAAGCGAUGCAAGCCGUUGCUUCCGGUGUAUCGACCAGAGGCUGAGAAGGUUCAGAAGGCCUGCGACUUGCUGGAUGGCUUACCGCACGAUGCGCCUCUCCCAGGACUGGAUCGACUGGCAAAAGAGGCUGGGUUGACGAAGCACCACUUCCAUCGCCUCUUCAAGCGGGAGACCGGCCUCACACCGCGAGGGUAUGCUCUCGCAAAGAGACAGGGCAGUCAAAGCGAUACCACAGGCUCAAGUGCAUUGACGCCCGUAACGCCGCUCGAGAUUGAGUUCCAGACGCCCUCCAUCCACGACGACGAGAUGGUCGGUGACGCCUCAAGUCUCGGAUGCGAUCUGUUUGAUGACUUCCAGCUCCCUUCCUCUCAGGAGCUGCGAGACAUGAUUAUCUACUACGACAUCCUGGCAACGAGCUAUGGUCCCUUGUUGGUUGCUUUCCAUGACCGGAAGGUGUGUAAGCUGGAGCUUGGGACAGAUGAAGAGCUGAUGGCUCGUCUGGAUGAAGAGUACCCAGCGCUUCUUUACAUUCACUCCGGCAUUCAUCAGGCUCCACAGCAAGAUGCAAAUGCUUUCCAUGAACAGAUUGACACAAUCAUCACAGCCUUGGAGAACCCGUGCGGCAAGCUUCUUGAUGUGCCUCUGGGCUUUCUACUGCCACUCAAUCCUGCGGAAGGGACAGAGACAUGCAACGAUUCGGCCUUCGCCAUGCUAUGA